AUGUUCGCUGUAGUUUCUCCUACUUUUGACGAUUUACCUUCUCAACUGCGCUUUCCUACUUCUUUUGCAGCCAUUGUUGUCAUUGCUCGCCCGGAUAUUGCAACGUUUUUCCUCUCCAAAGUGAAGGACAUGCCAAUCAUUCAAAAGGGGCAGGUUGCCAUUGUGAUAUUUGACUCCGGGAACGUUCUCACCUAUGACAUAAUGCGUCUCUACAAACUGAUGCUGGAAAAAGAGCUGAAUCUAGGAGCAGCUGCACAGAGCACCUUCCUCAUGACAGGAUUGCCUUCAAGCGAUGGUUUCGACAUGAGAUCGAGGGUUUUGCAAUCUGUAGGUUUGCGUGACCGACUCAACUAG